CCACAAUUGAGGGUCAGAUAAAAAUGACCUCUUGUUGAUACCUCAGUGCUGAAGAGGCUAUUCCCUUAUUUAUUUGUUUAGUGUCAUCUACAUACAUGGUGCUUUACAAAAAAACAGGUUCUGGACUUCAUGAAUGCCCAGCCGUGCUUUGAAGACUUGUGACCACUGCUGUUGGGCUCAUGGUCUAUCCACUCACUGUGAGAGAAGAGGCACCCUUGGAAUACCCUGCUAGAAAGAACCGGUGUUCCAUGGAGAGACCCUGAUGCGUGGGUGGAGAGUCGGACUCAUUGCUGCAAUGCCUUCCUGCUCCUCUGAGGAUAGCAUGUUGCUCCACCGUCAAUGAUGGCAUGCUGAGACCCACCAAGCGGCGGCGGCGUGCGAUAGCAAGGGGGCCGCUCUAACCGCUGGGCGUGGGACACCAUGGGCCAGUGCGUCACCAAGUGCAAGAAUCCUUCUUCCACUCUUGGCAGCAAAAAUGGCGACCGAGAAUCGAGCGGCAAGGCUCACGGCAAGCGGAGCACGAUUCACAAGGAGGAACACUGCACCGUCGGUGGGAAAUCCUCCGGGGACAUCCUGGUCAACGGGACAAAGAAGAUGGAAGCCUCUGUAGAGUCUAGUCAGCCUCCUUCUUCUUCCGGGGAUGCGAAGAGGGAGCCAGUUUCUGGCACGGAGGAAUCGUCUCUCCACAGGACUGAGGAAUUAUUUAGGAGAUACAAGGACGAGCGAGAAGAUGCCAUAUUGGAGGAAGGCAUGGAGCAUUUUUGCAACGACCUCUGUGUCGACCCAACCGAAUUCAAAGUCCUCGUCCUGGCAUGGAAAUUCCAAGCAGCUACCAUGUGCAAAUUCACAAGGACGGAGUUCUUUGAGGGCUGCAAAGCAAUAAACGCAGACAGCAUCGAUGGGAUAUGUGCCCGGUUCCCCAGCCUCUUAAACGAAGCCAAACAAGAAGAUAAGUUCAAGGAUCUCUACCGUUUUACCUUUCAGUUUGGCCUGGACUCCGAGGAGGGACAGAGGUCGCUGCAUCGGGAAAUAGCCAUUGCCCUUUGGAAACUAGUCUUCACUCAAAACAAGCCCCCGAUAUUGGACCAGUGGUUACACUUCUUGAAUGAGAACCCCUCAGGAAUUAAGGGAAUCUCCCGGGACACGUGGAACAUGUUCCUAAAUUUUACUCAGGUCAUUGGGCCGGACCUCAGCAACUACAGUGAAGAUGAGGCUUGGCCCAGUCUCUUUGAUACCUUUGUGGAAUGGGAAAUGGAGAGGCGGAAGAAGGAGGAGAACACCAAAUGCGUUGCAGCUUCACAGACAGCAAGCCUGUGUAUAGACCACCAUACUUAGUGCCAUUUAACACAGCGAAAACAGCCGUAACCUGUUAACCUUUCAUUACCCAUAAGCUCCGGACUCCUCUGGAAUUUACAGACGCUCCAGAUUUUUCUACUUUACACCUUUCUCUGCCUUGUAUUUUUGAAAGGGCUCUAAAAUGCUGUAUCCAUAUUUUAGGCACUUUCUUUUGAAUUUUGGGUUAUUCUUGUUUCUUCUUUCCCCCUGCCCCCUGAAAUGUUUGAGACCCCUGGCUGCAAGUUAAAUGGUUUCUUUCUUUUUCAAAAAACAAAAAACAUUGCAGAUUGAUGUUGGUUGCACAACUUUAAAAAAAAAAAAAAAUUUGUGAGGUUAAAUUAACAUCGCUAAAUUAUACAGUGCCAGAUUGAAGUUCUGCAAAUAUACAUACAUAUAUAUGUGUAUGUGAGUAC